GGGUCCCUCCGCCUCUCCCGGACCCUGGUCGCGGCCGCAGGUGACUCUCUCCUCGACUCCGUGGGCGGCCGCAGAGACCAUGGAGGAUGCUACGGGCGCUGACCAGCGCCUGACUGCGGAGCCUGGGCUGGCCCAGGAGCGAGCCGAGAGUGUCACCCCACAGGUGCCCCAGCCAGAACCUGGGCUGCUCUACCAGGAGGAAACCAUUGAUCUCGGGGGAGAUGAGUUUGGGUCAGAGGAGAAUGAGACGGUAUCAGAAGAUUCUAAUAAUUUCAUAGAUAAGCUUAGUGAGCACAUGAUGGAGAGUGUCCUUAUUUCUGAUUCUCCCAACAACAGUGAAGAUGACACGGGUGACCUUGGUGGGGUGCAGGAUCUCGAGGAGCCUUCAGGAGGCAGCGUUGAUCACAGACAGGACGAUGUCAUAGGUAGAGGCGUGGUCGGCACGCCCAGUCCAGACAGCGAAAGUGAUGGAGACAGAGUGCCUAAGGACUUCUCUGAGGUGACCCCUGACACCAGGGCGUCCUUGAAGGAAGGCCCCGAGCCAGAAGGGAAAGGCGUGCCCAUCUGUGACGAUGGAGAUUCAGGGGACCCAGGCCUCAAGUGCCAGGGCGCUGCCCCCGAGGGGCCAGGCCAGUCCUCCAGGCAGCCCUCUCCCAAAGAUGAGCCUGUGCCGGUGUGCACCAUCUUCAGCCAGUCCCAGCCCGAGGCCACCCAGCCGCCCCCCUUCCUGCAGGACGGCUUCGAGUCACAGAUGGUGAAGUCCCCUAGUUUCAGCAGCGCCAGCCAGCCGGCCUCCAAGACCCCUCCCCAGGUGGUACAGCCAAGCCCCAGCCUGAGCACGUUUUUUGGGGAGACGACCAACACUAACUCUUUGGCCUCGGACUUCUUUGAUUCGUUCACAACUUCCACGUUCAUUUCUGUCAGUAACCCCAAUGCGGGCGCCAUGGUUCCAGAGCAGGGGUCCUCGCUCGCUUCUCCAGGGGAAGGAAACUCACUGGGGGUGGAGAGCUCUGAGGUGGCUGUUUCCACGGCAACCCUACAAAUCCCGCAGUCUCCGAAGCCAUUUUCACAAAUCCAGGCUGUGUUCGCCGGGAGCGAGGACCCCUUUGCCACCGCCCUGAGCAUGAGCGAGAUGGAUCGGAGGAGUGACGCCUGGCUGCCCGGGGAGGCGACCAGGGACGUCUUGAUUUCAGUAGCAGCCCAACAGUACAGCACCGUGUUCAUAGACAAGGAGAACCUCACCAUGCCAGGCCUCAAGUUUGACAACAUCCAGGGAGAUGCAGUUAAAGACUUGAUGCUCCGCUUCCUGGGUGAAAAGGCUGCAGCCAAGAGGCAGGUCUUGAACGCCAGCUCUGUGGAACAGUCUUUUGUUGGACUGAAACAGCUCAUUAGCUGCAAAAACUGGAGGGCGGCGGUGGACCUGUGCGGGCGCCUCCUCACAGCGCACGGCCAAGGCUACAGCAAGAGCGGGCUGCCCACCAGCCACACGGCAGACUCCCUGCAGCUGUGGUUUGUGAGGCUGGCGCUGCUGGUGAAGCUGGGCCUCUUCCAGAACGCGGAGAUGGAGUUCGCGCCCUUUGGGAACCUGGACCAGCCGGACCUCUACUACGAGUACUACCCACACGUGUACCCAGGGCGCAGGGGCUCCAUGGUCCCCUUCUCCAUGCGGAUCUUACACGCGGAGCUGCCGCAGUACCUGGGGAACCCCCAGGAGUCGCUGGACAGGCUGCACAGAGUGAAGGCCGUCUGCAGCAAGAUCCUCUCUCACCUGGAGCAAGGCUUGGCCGAGGACGGGAGCCUGGGCAGCAUCUCGCCGGAGAACAGGCAAGCCUCCGUGCAGCUGUGGCGGUCCCGCCUGGGCCGGGUGACCUGCUCCACGGCCAACUGCCUGCUCCUGAUGAAGGACUACGUGCUGGCUGUGGACGCCUACCGCUGCGUCAUCCAGGCCUGCCCCGAGCAGGAGCCGCAGCUGCUCAGCGGCAUCGGCAGGAUUUUCCUUCAGAUUGGAGACAUAAAAACGGCUGAAAAAUAUUUCCAAGACGUGGAGAAAGUGGCACAGACACUGGACGGACUGCAGGGGAAGAGCAUGGUUCUGAUGAACAGAGCUUUCCUGCACCUCGGUCAGAAUGACUUCGCAGGAGCCCACAGGUUCUUCACCGAAGUUCUGAGGAUCGACCCAGCGAACGCAGUGGCCCACAACAACGCCGCCGUGUGCCUGCUCUACCUGGGCCAGCUCAAGGCCUCGCUGCGGCAGCUGGAGGCCAUGGUGCAGCAGGGCCCCGCGCACUCCCUGCACGAGAGCGUGCUCUUCAACCUGAGCACCAUGUACGAGCUGGAGUCCUCGCGCAGCGCACAGAAGAAGCAGGCACUGCUGCAGGCCGUCGCCGGCUCGGAAGGGGACAGCUUCAACACGCAGUGCCUCAAGCUGGCCUAGGCACGGCCACAGCUGCGCCCCAGGACUGGGGUCCGGAGCCGAGGCCACGCUGUCGGGCAGUGUGUGCAGCUCCAGCCGGCGCUCCCGCCGCUCGGCCCUGUGAGUACUGGGUAAACUGCAGGUCGCAUGGUGCAGGGAUAGAGAAAGUCUAGGGGCCGCACAGGUCCCUUCUGUUUGUUGCCGGAAGCUGAGCUGCUUGGUCUGUUCAUUCUGCAUCUCCUGGGAGGCAAACUUAGAAACAAUGUAACCUCUCCCUCUGUCUGAGCGGAGAGCCAUGACUGACAGGCCCCAGUGACUGACAGCCCCGCUUCCUGCCCGCCCCGCCGGAGGCCUUCAGCCUUGCUGAGCACCGCGGACUGGCCUGCUGCUCUGCAUCACUGGGGACGAGGGGUGUCGGGGAGUCACUGGAACAAGAACAUGCCGGCACAUAACUGCGUGCUCCCCUGGCCGGGCGGCUCGGCUGUGGGGGAUGUUCUCUCAU